CACUUCAGCUAGUGCCCUUACGGCUUACGCAAAUACACAUUGAAGCGCUAUUGCUUUUCCGAGCUGAUGUGAAAAAGGUAGCGGAUUUUUUCUGGCUACUGGUAAGGAAAACGCAGCCAGUGGGUAUCUGAAAUUAAUCUAAAUAAGAACUUGAAAUGGAUUCGUCGACGCAAGAUCAUCCAAAUGCGCACCUCCAGUAUCACACAGACUAUAACUACCCGCCAUUCAGAAGAGUUAUGUUGGCUGCUGUAAAGGAGGGGAUAUAUCACCCAAGACUACCAAGUUUGCGUCGUAUGGACAUGGAUACGGCUACACACAAAUUAUCUGACGAGCAUUGUAGAACGACAACUUCGUGUGGGCCCAGAAAUUUCAGCGAUUCAAACACCAGCUAUUUUCAGAACUCUAACAAGCCUCUUUCUGGAACGAGAAUCACAGAAACCGGGCGAUCACUGCAAAAAGUUAUCCCAGAUUACCCGUCUGGUGUCACGCAUACAUCUCCCGAGAAGAACCAAUUCAUGCUCAGUUCUUCAAAAAAAGAUUGGUCAAGAUUUAUAUCAUCUGCCGGAGAAUUCAGACUGCCGGAGUAUGAUCCGAAAUAUUUUCGAUUCAGUGGAUAUGCCGUCAGAUAUUUGAAGCCACAAGUAACACAGUCAUGGAAGUACACUCUAGUUCAAGAGCCUAAACUGGAUCAGUAUGCACAAAGACCGAUUCCCGCUAACGUAUACAGCAGAUACAGAGAUACUUUUCCACAAUACAGCCGAAACAUUGCCGUGGAGGCGUGGCGAUAGAGUGAUCACUCUGGUUGCUAUUUUACAAAGAUCCAUCGUUCUGAUUGAUGACUUUUUUAUUUAUUCAAUUUGCACUUGAGAUUUUAUGUGUAUUUUUGUACUUUUCCUACAUAUAAUGUCGUACUAUAGCGUUAUGAAUAUGAUAUUAAUCUGCACAAUAUCAUACAUAUGUGCGACUAAUCGACUAUUCUAAUUUCAAAUAAACACAAAUUGCCAUAUAUUAAUUAAUAUAAAAUUA